CGGGUCAAACGUCAAAUUAAGAAACUGUCAUGGCAGCAUCCACGUGAAUUCGUCGGUGGAAUGUGUCUGUUUGUCGGGGAAUAUUUCAGUAAGGAUAUACUAAACGCAUGAUAUAUACAAAAGACCCGCUCUGUUUGUGUCCGUGGACAUUAUUCCCGUUACGGAGAACAAAGACAAAUCCAGCCAGUAUUGACGGAAGACUGGCAACGAGCGCAGGAGACUGAAAGUUAUUUAAAAAAUAGGCGUGAAACAGUGACUGAAAGAGAAUGGCGGAGGACGGCCGCUCCCAGACGCCGACGCCUGGCGUGCCUGGAAAGGGCGUGCUGGUUGGCCGCAGGCUGCCUGCCACUCUGUCCCCUGGUCGCCUGACCACCAUGCGCUCGCGUGACGUCACCUUAGGAGGAGUGAAGAAGAAAACAUUCACCCCAAAUAUCAUUGGGCGCAAAGUUAAAGAAGAGGCAAAAGCGGAAGGAGGACAGAGGCGGGAGAGGAAGGAGUUUGACCGGGGUCGUGGACGGGAUGGGCGUGGCAGGGGCCGCGGACGCCCCGAGGUCAUCCAGUCACACUCCAUUUUCGAGCAGGGGCCGGCUGAGAUGAUGGUGAAGAAGAGGGGCACCUGGGACGGCGACAAGGAAACGCCUAGCGUGGGGCCUUCACCCAUCAUCAACAUCAAGAAGGAGAAGAGGGAGACUGAGGAGGAAACCAAAGAGAUACUGCGCAUGCUGGAGAGAGACAACUUUCUGGAUGACCCUCGACUGAGGAGCGAGCUUAGGAGCUGUCCCGUGCAGCUGCCUCUGGCCGUGUCGGGAUGGGUCUUCAAGGAGGAGUUCAGUGCAGACAUCAAAGAGAACCUCAAAGCUGAGGAGGUGAAGGGAGAGGAGGAGGAUGGAGAAGGAAUGGAUGUGGAGAAUCCAAUAGACAAAGUCAAAGUGAAGGAGGAGCCUGCAGAUUGUCCAGAAGUCAAGAAGGUGGAGCCCAAUUUCAGGCCUCCACCCCUGCCGGAGCCCGAGUCCUUACCAGAGCUGCUGAAAAUCUGGACCCAGUCCAAGGGGGAGGAGCUUCUUUUCAUGCAACUGCCGGAUUCGCUGCCAGGGCAGCCACCUACCGAGGAUGUCCGGCCAGUCAAGACGGAAGUCCAGACUGAAGAUGGCCAGAUACUUAUGAAGACUGAAAACGAGCAGGAGGACGCAGAAGAUGAGAAUAACUGCUGUCUGGGGCAACUCCGUGAGGGGCUGGUGGGUCGGCUGCUGGUGCGGAAGUCUGGGCGAGUGCAGCUCAUCCUGGGGCAGAUUACUCUAGACCUGGCCCUCGGGACACCCUGCGCCUUCCUGCAGGAAUUGGUGUCAGUGGGUACAGGAGAGGGGAGGAUUGGUGACCUUUCUGUGCUGGGACAUAUCAAACACAAACUGGUCUGCUCACCGGACUUUGAGGCUCUGCUGGAGAACAGGGUGUGAAGAACUUGGGUGGGCCAUAGGCUGUGCUUUAGAAAAACACCCACACCCAGUCUGCAUCAGAUCCCUCGACUCAACAUGGCAUGGAUUAACAGCAACUGCAGCUAACUGUCUACCAGGGCCACUCGUAUUACCACUAUCCUCAGUAGACUUAGUCCUACAGCUGAAACCUGGCAGGAGAGCAUUCCACUUUUGCAGGUGGUUUUUGAAACUGACAGUACACCUUUUAGAGAAGGCAGGGCAAUAUUGUUAACCACACAGCGGAAAGACGGUGAAAAUUAUUCAGCAUAUAUUUAUUUAUUUAUUGUUUUCUCAGAAAAGUUAAGCAAUGGAUGACUAUUCUUUGACUAAAAUGGUUUUUGAAUUUCAGUUUUCACAUAAUGCUUUGAGAAAGAGCUAACAUCAGUGUAGGAAAGGUUGAUAAUCUUGAAUUGGGACUGAUGCCAAAUCUAUUUCCUCCUGUUUUGUAUAAAGGUGGCAAGAAGUACCGUUGUUUUGAUUAUACCCUAGGGUGAUGGAAGGGCUUUCUCAGGGACAUUGAAAUAAUUGUGGGGCGCACAUAAGUGAUUUACUUUUCCAAAUAUAAAUUGCCAUCUACUUCCUCCUUUCAUGAUACUUAUGGUAAGACUGAAGGGCUGGAGAGCAAAAAGAUGCCAUGCAUCAAAUUCCUUACCUCUCAGUUUGGAAUCAUUCCAGUCCAGAACCUCCACCCCUAUAUUCUGAUCUGAGACCAGUAUUGUCAAGAGGAGUUGGCAGUAGAGGUAGAUUGUCAUGCCAACCGGUCAACUCUCACCAUGGUGCAGAUACACCGAAUAUUCGGAGUGGUGGUUUUGGUUGUGGGUGAAAUGCUUUUGUCAAUAAAUGACUCAAACAGAACAGGCA